AUUGUUUUUGUUUUUGCCCGGAGUGGUCGACGUCGCUCCGUUGCUGCGCCGUCUUUGAAAUGCGAUUGAAAUUUGAAGUUAGAAAAAACGCGUAUCACCAAAAUUGUCUGAAAGUUAUUAAGACUACAGCAUUACUACGUUUAAGUGUUAAGUGAUGGUAAACCUCUUGCAAAGCCAAGAAAAGUGAAGCGCAAGUGCCGAGAAAGAAAAUGGCGGAGUGAACAACUACAAAAGCUACACACGUAAGCAGCACAGCUUAAAACCGAAAAGAAACAUUUUCGUCAGCUCGAAAUUAAUCUGGUUUUUAUGUUUUACUUUGUACCGCGCGCGUCGCUGACAUAAAAUAAAAGACGGCGGACCGUAUCUGUGUAUGUAAACUGCCAUAAAAACGUGAAAUUCAUUAGGCGACAAGCAACAGCGACAACAAUUGUUUAAAUUUUCGUUGCGCCUCUAAUUUAUGACAAAAGAGAAAGAUAAUUAAAAGCUGGAAAACAGUCUACUCUACGAUCGUUUUGUUAAAAGAGUCGGACAAAGUACGGCCCCGGGGGCCAGUAAAGGCCCAUCAUGCAUCGUUCGCUCAAGCCGCAUACGUCGACGGCACAAGCUAAGAAGGUUCAACCGCCAACGAUUCCGGGGGAUCCUCUGCAGCAGCAGCUGCAGCAGCAUCACCAGCACUACCACCCACUCCAGCAGUUGCCUGCAUCGCCCAGUGGAGGCCACCACCAGCCGUCGAUACCGCUGUACCGGCUCAGCGGCCCACUGCGCCACCACCAUCAACAGCAGCAGCAGACGGACGAUGGGAUCAGCAUGAGUGGCAGCAGCAUUGUCUCGUCGCCCUCGCUGGAAGAGGGCGGCUUCAACCUGCCGCGCGAGACGAGCGUGGCCCUGCGCAUGAAGGACGAGGCGGGUGGUGGGCCCCCAAUGGCCGUGACCGGAGGUCCGGUUCCUCCGGCCGCCGCGAAGACCUCCGCUCCGCUGCCCAGCAUAUUGCCAUGCCCGUCGCCCGUGUUCUGUGCCACGCUGCGCGAGCCGCUGACCCACAAGGCGGCGGUCUACUACCACCAGCAGCUGGCCCUGCAGGAGGACCAGGGCAUCGAUCUGACCCAGUCGCCGGGACGCGACUCGCCCGGCUCCUCCUCGGGAUCGGCCGGCUCGGGCUCGCGACACAGCACCGCCAGCCUGGACUCUGGUCGUGCCUCUUCCUACUUGACGGGAGUCUCCUCGUCGGGCGCCUCCGUCCGGGCCCCGCUUUCCUCGCCCCGUUGCAGCUCCGUCAGCUCCUGCUCGAUCGGCAGCGUGGACCGACAGCGCAACGACGAGCUGAUCAUCGACUGGCUGCUGGAGAUGAAGCACGAGGAGUACGCCCAGCUGUUCAUCGCCGCCGGCUACGACUUGCCCACGAUCGCCCGCAUGACCCCGGAGGAUCUCACCGCCAUUGGUAUCAAGAAUCCGCAUCAUCGCGAGCGCAUCAAGCAGCGCAUCGACAAGCUGCAAGUUCUCGACAAUCUGCCCCACUUUGUGCCGGGCUCUAUUGAGGAAUGGCUGCAGCUGUUGCGGCUGGAGGAGUACAUACAGCCCCUGCUGGAGCAGAACUACAAGACGGUGCGGGAUGUGACCCAAGUGACUUGGGAGGAUCUCGAAGAUAUUGGCAUCGUCAAGCUGGGGCACCAGAAGAAGAUCCUGCUGGCCAUCAAGCGGGUCAAGGACAUCAUUAGCGGCAAAUGGAAUCCAGGCGGUGCCAGUGCAUAUCAACAGCAGGAGUACCAGCGGGAGCCGUGGCAAUUCAAUGUGCCCAUACCAAGUACGCCAUCUUAUGUUCCAACCACUCGCGUCUCCUGGGACGACACGAAAAUCUAUGCCACAAGCAACGUGCUGAAUAACACCGCCCCCACGGGCAGCCUGUGCCUGGGGCAGGGGAGCAGCAGCAGCAGCAGUUGCAGUAGCAGCAACGGAGACGCCUACUACUGCACGGGCAGCAAUCACGAGUGUUGCUCGGGCAACGAUGUGGUGCUCAUUAAGGUACGUCAGCCACGUGGCAAGAGCCUGGAAUCGCUGGAGGAUAUACACGACAACAGCACUCGCAGCCAUUUGACCUUUAGCCAUUACACGACCACGGACUACGGCCUUUUUGGGCCACCCACAACGGCAGCAGCUGCCGCAGCCAUGGCCGCUGCCGCCACGCUCCAGCAGCAGCACCAGCACCACCACCAGCAGCUGUUGCAGCAGCAGCAGGCGGCGCCAGCCCGUCUACUGGGGAGCAAUGCGGCAGCCAUGGCCUGGCGGCGCUCCUACGACGACGGCGACAUUACACCCACCAAUGAUGCCACGCGGGAGCUGCUCUACGAGGAGGGUGGUGGCACAUUGCCGCGCCAGCAGCGUGGAAUCCUGCAGAGAGCCGUGCUGAACACGAUGCCACCUUUAAAGCAUCAUCACUACAUGAAUGCGGCGGCGGCCGCCGAGUACGGGGCAGCCAGCGGUGGCGAGGGAGGAGCGAACUAUCUAAGCGGCAGCCCGUUGAGUGGGAAGAAGAUUGCACCAGAGCCGCCCCGACGGCACUGCAGCAUACGCAACUCCCGCACGCUGAGCGGAGAGGGAGGUGCCACCGGCUCAGUCCAACAACCCCAGCAGCAGGCAGUGGGCUCCCAGCAGCAGCAACAGCAGCAUGCGCAUCAAAUGUUCUACCGGCAGCAACAGCAGGCGGCGGCCGCAGCAGCCGCGGCAGCGGGCAGCCAACAGCCGAUCUAUGCGAACUAUGCCACCAUACAGCAGACCACGGCGGAGAUACACUGCGAGAAAUACCACGACAAUAAGUCCACUUCCAGCAUCGAUUCGAUUGACGCGAUACCGUUUGCCAACGAGAACACGGGCACGAUCAAGCAGCGGCUGCUGAAUCGGCAGGAACUGGGACAGGCCAGUGCUGGGGCCACUACCAUUCCCGGCAGCCAUCCCCCCCACCUGUACUCCUCCAGCUCCAGUUCCAGCUCCUCCUCCACCAACACGAUCGCCAACAUAGGGCACUCGUUCCACUCGCUGAAGUCUUCGAGUUCGCUCCACGACGCGACUCUGGCGCGGAGCGAGAGCAUGGGCAGCACGGCCAGCGGAGGCAGCGCCCUGCAUCUGCGCUCCCCCACCCUGGACGCAGGCAUUGGGGGAUCGUCGGCGUCAAUGCCAGCGAGCGGCGAAGCAAUGGCAUCGCCCGAGACAGCUGCCCCAGUGACGAGUGUGCCCCCGAAAGUGUCGGUGAAUGUGCUGAACGAUAUUGGCAACAUGCUGGCCAAUCUCACGGACGAGCUGGACGCCAUGCUCGAGGAGGAGAAGCGCGUGGGCCUCAACAUUGACAGUGAAUGAGCGGAUAAAUAUAACUAAAAGUUUCCUUAUGAUUCAACACCGAUAACACUCCAAUCAAACAACAAAUCGUAGUGUAGCUGAAUUUUGUGUUGAACUUGUGACGUGUUGUGUGUGUCACCCUUGAAGUGUUUUAUGUAUUUUAAGUUUA